AGACUGGGAACCCAAGGCAAGCUCCUCUGUCCUCUCCUCUUGACAGUGGACUUGUGUCAACAGCUUCUGCAGAAAGAAACAGAAAGAAAAGUUAGUUCAUGGAAUACUCUUGUGGAUUCUUGAUGGGAAUUACGUAAAAGAACGACUGCGCUGGAUGUUUUGACGCUGUUAUCUUAAAAUCAAUUCUUUGGGGCGUUAUCUAGCACAAACCUCUUUUCUUUUUUCUAAUUAUGCCACGUUUGACAAUGCGUGUGAUGGACCGAACAAGCUAGCCAAACAAACUAGCUUAAAAGUCACAAAGCUAGAACGGAGUUUGAGCAAACUUUUCGACUAUUUAAAACUAAUUUAUCUUUUCGUUAUCAUGCCGGGGCUGGACUGAAGAGUGACCGAGGGUUGACCAAUGGCUUCGGCCGUGUUCGAGGGCACGUCCCUGGUGAAUAUGUUCGUGCGGGACUGUUGGGUGAACGGGGUCCGGAGGCUCGUGAUCAGUCAGCGGGGAGAGGAGGAGGACUUCUUCGAGAUCCGGACGGAGUGGUCGGACCGGAAUAUUCUCUACCUCCACCGCAGUUACUCGGACCUGGGACGGCUGUUCAAGCGGCUGGUGGAGUCGUUUCCAGAGGACAGGGGAGAGCUGGCCAAGUGUCCGCUCAUAGACGGAAUGGUAAAAAUCAAAGAAGCGAGCGAUAUUGAGGAGAAGUUGAACGAGGUGGAAAGACUGCUGAAAAAUGCUAUCAACAUGCCCUGCAAAUAUUCCAGGUCAGAGGUCAUGUUGACGUUCUUUGAGCGCUCACCACUGGACCAGGUGCUGAGGAACGACAAAGUCCACCGGAUACAGCCUUGUUUUCAGAGCCCCAUCAAGAUAUCAGAAAUCAUGAGGUCCAAUGGGUUCUGCCUGGCCAACACAGAGACCAUAGUGUUUGACCAGAGUCCAGAGGAGAAGGAGCGGCCCUCAUCCACAGACUCUGCAGAAAACACGUUUGAGGAUGAGUUGUUGCCGUUGGAAACAGAACUGUGCGAGGAGGAACCUGAGGCGUACGUCACCAACCUGUCCUACUACCACCUGGUCCCCUUUGAGACGGACAUCCUGGAAUGAGGAACAAGGAGCUAGCGGACAGACAGCGGAAGGGCAUCUGAGGCUAUUAUUAAGACCAGUGUGCCUUAAGAGGAAGACAGCUCUGUGCACAUCUGUCUGGACUCGAUACAUGGGAAGUAAAAUAAUACAUUUUUUAUAACUUUUUAUAAUGACUAUGAAUGAAUUAACUCUGAGUAGGGGGAAGCCACAUCUUUAAACUAUUUUACCCAUUUUAAAGGGUGUUUUUGCAGUAUUAAAAUAGACUCUUAAUGUUUUGCACAAAUCAAUCUUAGUAAAAUUAUUUAUGAAACAAUGAUACCACUUUUAUUUUUUUGUCCUGUGGUAUUAAGAAAUGUUGAAAUUUUCACCAGCGUGUUUGGCAAAUUGUAUAUUUUUAAUGACAUUUUCUUUUUAUUUUCAUUUUUAACAUUUUCUUUCUCUUAAAAUUCUGAUUUUCAUUUAAAAAGUGAACUUUAACUUUUUCGGAAGAGGAUCCAUCACCUGUUUUUCCACACAGAGCAGUUAUGGAUACUUUGUCAUCAACAUUCCCUGGUGGGCUAAAUGGAAGCACUGCUCUGUGUGAAGUUUAGUUACUCAAGUUAGAUUUUAAUUUGACUUUUAAACACGUCUCUCAAAUUACAUUACAACACUUACAAACACCUAAACAUGCUCCUGAAAAUUAAUGAACAUUCUACCAUAGACACCCAUGCUGCCCCCCUUCUUCCUCCAGCGUGAUGUCCCUGCAAAGUGUCAGUUGCGUUGCCUGAAAUGUUCCAAUAUGGUAUUAAAAUUCUCCUCUCUUCCACGGAGACAAGCAGGUCAAGUUACAAGUCAGAUCUGUCGAGAGAUGACUCCACUCAGAAAGAAUACAUAUUUUCAAUGUAUUUUUACCAAUAAAAACAUGUGUAGUUGAAUAAAAGACGAGAGAUAAGUUUAAUAUUAUAGGGUGGAACAUUUCAAGCAACAAAUUUACAUCACUAUGGAGACAGUUAGAUGGUGGACCCCCCCAAAAGUUACAUCUGCACCUUUAAGAUUUAUUUUUUAGUGUUGUGUGUUUAGUGUCAGCGUAUAGUUCGUUUAACAUCGAUCUGUAUUAUCUUUUGUUCAUGUGUGUAUAGGAUUAUCCGACUAAAAAUCUGUCUCUGUGUUGCCUGUUUCUACUGACUGUGCUGUACUUAGAGAUGACAGUACAGUGUGUGGAUUCAUAUUGUGCUGAUUCAGUGAAAGAGGGCUUUGUGAGAGGGUCAGAUAGGGUCAUGUUUGUGCGCUGUGUGUUUGACCACUCGGAGCUCAGUGAGGUCAUAGUGAAUCUAGGAAAACAUUAGAGCGCUCUUUAUUUUAAGCAGUAGUUUGUCCCACUAAAAACACCUUGUUGUUGAAUCUAUAAAGAAUUAUUAUGUGGUUUUUGGACCAUUGUGUUACAUGAAUCUCAUACUGACGAUAGUUCCCUAUUAAUAAUAAGUUCCCUUUUUUUCUUACGUUACAAAUCUCAUGACAUUUUAUUGAAUUACAUUUAGAUCUAAAUUAUUUCUUAGAACGGGAACUUUUUUUUUUCAACCCUGUUCAGAUUUAAUUUAAUUUUAAUAAUAGAAAUUGUUCUCAAAUACUAAAUGCAAAAUGUGACCAUUUAUAAUCCUAAACUACUAUUAUUCUACAUUUUGGACUAACUAUUAAAGUGCACACUAUGGUCUGAUGAAGACAAGUAGGUGUACCCAGCAUGCCUACUUACAGGUCAGAUAUGUGGAGAUACAUUUAUAAUAAGAAUGCAUGUCUUUUUAAGGCAGCAUAAACACCUCUAAUCAUCUAUAUGCAAGAUAGACAAUUAAUGCUAAACUCUGGAACAUUCCAGGUAAAGCAGUGACAUCUAUAUGGAGACAAGAAGUUAGCGAGCAGAUACCUCUCAUAAGAACAGUUACAUAGGGCAACUUUAAAUAUAGUAAUUUUGUUCUCAAUCUCAAAUAUCUGAAUUGUUAAAAACGUGACAUAUCCUCUAUGAAUGCUGUAUAAGAAAUAAUAUCUUCAGUGUUUUAGCUGAUCAACUUUUAUAAAUUAAACUACUACCAUUAAAUAUUCAUAUAACUGAAUCUCUUUUACAUCACACAAUACAAUAAUAUCAACCACUGAAGCCUUGUUUUGACCGUAGCCAAGGCCCACAUAAUUCAUAUUCUUCAGUUGAGCAGCCAAAGUGCGUCUCAUACAGUUCAGACUGUGAUGGACUUCACAGUGUGUCGUAGCUGUGCGCCCACCACCACUGCUCUGACCCUGUCAACACAAAAGCUUUGAGCUGCACAGAAGUUGGCAGAGCUGGAGAUGUGGGCUUGAAUGGACCGGACCAGACCUCUGCGUGGGUCUGUUCACCAGUGUGUUCUCCGUCAGCAUUCACAUCAUGACAGAGGAUGGAGAAUUCUCACGAGUGUCAAAUAGUUCUUCAAAGGUCUAUAUUUGUGUCAUAUAAGUGUUAUGUUAUGUUUAUUUUAGGUUGGAUUUGCAAUAAUGUGAAUCUUUGGACAGUGCAAAAAGGGUUAAAUUUGUAUGUUUUUUUUUUUUUUAAUAAAUAUUGAUUAAAGGUGAAAAUGUGAAAUUCCUCGUAGAGUGUCCACCAACUACUUGUUUUCAUGGAGAUGUUAUUUCUUUGCCUGAAAUGUUCCACACAUAAACUAUAAAUUGACAUAGCUACCCCACUAGCUGCCAUGAAAUAAUAAGUGGGCAUAGGCGCGCUUCUGGCUCCAUCGACUCUGGCUGCAAUUCACUUUGUAUUGAUAAAACCUCUUUCACUGUAACUGCUGCUGUCAGACUCCUUAUUUUGGUGUUAAAAUGUUAGUAUUAACCCGCUCUACAUGAUUAUUGAGGUUUAAUUUUCACAAUUUUGUCCAUAAAUUCCUAUUCC